AUGCAAGAGACGAUCGAACUUGAUAAUCAUGUUCAUUCCCGAAACAAGGCACCUAUGCAAGCUAUACAAUCGUUACCAGCUUCUCAAUCCAUUGCAGUGGAAACUUUGUCAUUAAACCCAUUGGUUCAAGAAACCUCAGGGUUGUCAACAACAUUCUCGAUCCCAUCCUCAGAGGAAAAGUCUUACCCGGAUGGUGGUUGGAAAGCUUAUUCGGUUACUCUUGGAUCCUUCUUAGGUCUUAUUGUCAACUUAGGCUUGAUAAACAGCAUUGGUGCUUUACAAACAUACAUUAGUCGAAACCAAUUGAAAGCAUUGCUGGAAGUCAACAUCAGUUGGAUAUUUGGUGUAUUUUUGUCCAUUGCCUAUGCAGGUGGUUUGGUGACUGGUCCUAUAUUUGACAAGUAUGGUCCCUUGUGGCUUCUUGUUGCAUCUUCCGCAUUCAUCUUUUUGGGACUCAUGGGUGCAGCUAAUAGUUUUGAAAUAUGGCAUUUUAUCUUGAGUUUCAUUAGUAUGGGAAUUGGUAAUGGGUUGGGCAUGACUCCAUUGGUUGGCGUCAUUAGUCACUGGUUUGAUAAGAGACGAGGUGUAACUACCGCAUUUGCAACCUGUGGUGGAUCAGUUGGCGGUUUGAUAUUUCCCUUGAUGUUAAGGUCGUUGUAUGUACGAGUAGGGUAUGUGUGGGCGGUAAGAGUCUUGGCAUUCGUAUGUUUGGGGUGCAUGAUUGCCUCGAUAUUAUUAGUAAAGGAGAGAUUUAGAAAGGAACGUCAAAAUGGAAAUAGUGCAACAAAUGAGUCAGGAGACGACACUUUUAUUGAUCCAGAGGGUAAAACACGCCAUCAGAUUAUUGUGCAAACUUUAAAGGAUGUGUUUACCAAGCAAGAUGCAAAAUACAUAUAUGUCAUAUUAGGAAGCUUCUUUGCAGAAUUAUCAGUGGUUUUACUUGUGACUUAUUUUGCUAGUUAUGCAAUUGCUCAGGGUAUGACAGAGUCAACGUCAUAUUUACUUCUUACAGUUUGGAACGCAGUUGGUAUUCUUGGGCGAUUAGUUCCGGGGCAUAUUAGUGAUAUCUAUGGACGCUUCAACAUUAACGUUCUCAUGCUUAUUUGCUUUACAUUGACAAUAUUGGUGCUAUUGCUUCCAUUUGGCCACAUGAGCCAUGGUGUCAUAUGGGCAUUUGCUGUCCUAGGUGGCUACAGCUCCGGGUCUGUCUUGAGCUUGCUCCCAGCGUGUUUAUCUCAAAUCACGCCGGUUAAUGAAAUUGGCAAGAAAUACGGAAUUCUCAAUAGUUUGCUUGCAUUGGCCAAUCUAUUUGGAGUUCCAAUUGCUGCAGCGGUUAUCAAAGACGGUACGCAAAAACAAUAUAACAACUAUAUUAUCUUGGUUGGUGUGUUGCAAUUUUUGGGCACGUUUUUCUGGUAUUGUAGUAGAGUUGAGAUUGCAGGCUUUAGAUUAAAUGUCAAAGUAUAG